AUGCAGGUCGGUGAUGGCUCUAUGAUGCAGAGGUUCCGGCGAUUUGACCUUUUCCCAAAGUUUGAUCGAAAAUUCGAGGUCGAUGCCCGUCAUCGGACGAUCUCGGGUGGGCUUUUUUCCGUUAUAUCUCUGAUCAUCAUUUUGGUGCUCAUCGUUAGUGAAACGUGCUAUUUUCUGUCGUCUCGCACGACACAGGAUAUGCUGGUGGAUUCCACGGUCGGGGGCGACAUGCCGAUCUCCUUCAACCUCACCUUCCACCGCAUCCCGUGCAACCUCCUCGUGAUCAACUCGAUCGACGCGCUCGGGAUGCAUAUGGAUCAUAUCGCCGCGAGGGCAGUGAAGACGCGCGUGGAGCCCGAUACGAUGCGGCCGCUUAGCGAGGGCGAUGCGAUUUCAAAGGAAGCCUUGUUUCCUAACCCCUCAUGGGAAGGGGAAAAAGAAAAAUGCCCCUCCUGCCACGGUGCCGAGUUAUAUGACGGGCAUUGUUGUUUCACCUGUGAUGAUGUGCGCAAUGCGUAUCAACAGAAACGAUGGCGAUUCGACGUGGAGGAUCCGACGCUCGUGCAGUGCGUGGAGGAGCGCAUGCGGCUCGCCGCCGCGUUCUUGGCAAAGGAAGGGUGUAGCAUCCACGUCGAGCUCUCCGUCGCUCGCGUGAUCGGCAUCCUCGAGUUCAUUCCCGGAGAACUUCACACCUCCCUUUUGGACACCCCUCACAUCGACACCGCAAAUGAAGGCUUCCAAAAUCUCAACCUCAGCCACGUGAUUCACCACCUCGAGUUCGGUGAGUCUUUUCCCGGGCAAAUCAACCCCCUUACUGGGAUUGAACAGAUCCGAGGGCGGGAGAAUGAUACCGGUGCGAAACGUUUCGUGAACGGUCGCUUUAGCUAUUUUGUAAAAGUCGUUCCCACCCGUUAUGAGGCGACCUCGUUGCUGUUGAGCACGAGCACCAUCACGGACUCCAGCCAGUACUCCGUUACCCACCACUUUACCCCUUCUUUGAAUUCGAAGGUCAUCCAAAAAGAAGGGGAUUCGCCAAAACCGGAGGCCGCAGGUCGGGUGAUACCUGGGGUUUUCAUCUCGUACGAUUUAUCACCGAUUAAACUUCACAUCAUGCGCAGCCACCCGUACCCGUCUUUCGCGCAUUUUUUCCUGCAGCUCUGUGCGGUGUGCGGGGGGGUCUUCACGGUGGCGGGCCUCGUCGACGCGAUGCUGUAUCAUAGUGUACGGAAGCUCAAAAAGCAGCGGGAAGGGAAGUUGAUGUGA